UGCACCUUUUCCCUUACCUCUUGUGGAGGACUACAAUGUGGCAUUCUUGCCAUCUGCAUUGAUCGCCGGUUUGUGGAUAUACUUAGACAUUGCUAUUAUUUACCCCCUUAUUUGCACAAAAACCAGUUAUACUUCUGUUCCCAUGUCAAACCAACCUUUUUCCGACGGUCAUCGUCGCCACAGUGGUCCCGGUGGCUUUAGUUCUACCGGUAGAAGGACUGCUCUCGGUUAUUGGCUUCCUCUCGCUCUCACUGUCGGCGUCGCCGCCGUCAGCCUUGCUACUUGGGUAUGGAGCGAACGCCGCGACGGUGAAGAUGACGAUGAUUAUUACGAGGAUAGGGAACACCACAAACGAAGGGAUGAAAAUGUUCCAGGAGGAUUUCAACCUGGCGCUGAGAACAGCCAGCCGGAAAGUGGAUACGCGAAGGCGACCGGGGCCCAUGAUGGAGCUCACCCUGAAGAUGCAAGUGUCAUAUCGCGAGUCCAAGGUGCAUUGCGACGAACCCCAAGUCCACAGCAACUGUUCGAUGGCGCUAGCAGGAGAGUCGCUGCUGGAGUGGCUGCUGCUGGAGCUGUUGUUGGAGGUGCGUUGACUGCGAUCCGCGAAGAGGGACCGAACGAUUUUGAAGACCAUUCCCGAUGGACUGAAGAAGCGAAUUCCCGAAGUGUUCUUGCGACUGCGGGAUCUCGCGCCAUGACAGGAGCAUUGCCGCCUCCAUCUGUAGCUCCAACGGCGCAUGCACCUAAAACAAAGUCUAGAAAAACCGUGGCCAUCGUGGUGUCUUCUGUUGGAUUUGUGGAGGAUCAAGUCGAUUCGGAAGGGCAAAUACCAGAACAUUCUAUCCUGUCCCAUCUCCCUGAAUACGUCGAACCCGAUACUGCACGAGUUUUCGUCUUGAUAUAUGCUCCUGGGUUGCAAGCUCACUCAUCCAAUUCCCCAAGUUCGUCUCGACCCACACCGUCUCUUUCCUCUUCCUACGCCAACAUUUCCCCGGAGGAGGGGACUGUAGAAAACAUACAAGAUGUGUCCAGCCUCGAUAUCAUUGAACCUCGCCCUGCAGGGGAUGAUUUCGGGUCGGCGUCGCCCCUUUUCAAGGCUCUCUACAACCAAGCCCAAUCACUGGUCGACAAGGAGACAAUGAUUCUACCCUUUAGCACACCAACUGGACACGUUCACAUGCUUCGACACCUCUCUCCAGAAAUUGUAUAUAUCCAAGAAAGCAUGACCGGCAAUGACGGUGAGUCGGUUAACCAAAUUACCGCAUGGGUUCGACAAGUUGUUGUUGUAGUUGGCGCGGAGGGCGGGCGCGGUGGGUUGGUAGAUAGUGACGACGAGUCUGCACUAGGUGCAGAUAAGGGUGAAAAAUGGUGGCAGAAAGAAGGAGUAACAGGCCUAGGCAAGCGACUUGAUGUGGUUGAUGGGCUAAGAACUGGGGAAGACUGGAGACGGCGUGUCUGUGGCCAUGACUGAAUGAUAGUGCCGGAUCCCCUUCUACUGACACUUUCUGUGAAAGAAAACCUUUUGAUGUUUUCCUAACUCACGAUAUGACCACCCUCCCGGGCAAUUUUUCAUUAUCCAUUCUUGUACGAUUUUCUUCUAUCUACUUAUUUGAAUGGGGCUCUUUUUAUCUCUAGGUUGUUUCCCCUUUAGGCUAUUCUAUCUCCUUUAUGAUCUUUUCAUGUAUUUUGUAUUUUAUUUUAUGCUCCUUCAUUCAAGAGAUAACGCAUUUUCGUCAUUUC